CUUACUUACUUAGCUCAAGAAAUGGCCAAGGGAGUGGUGAUGCUUCUUGUGCUCCUCACGGUGCUGUCAGCGGUGAGCGAAGCCCAGCAGCAGCACCGGCCCGGCCACCGGACCUUGUCCCACGGGCAUCGCCGGUCCGCCGAGCCAGCCGCGCCGACGCACCUCCACUUCUACUUCCACGACACCGUGAGCGGCUCGUCUCCGUCGGCGGUGCGGGUGGUGGGUCCGGCCGACCCGUCGUCGCGAACCUUCUUUGGGAUGGUGAACGUGAUGGAUGACCCGCUGACCGAGGUCCCGGAGCCCGACUCGGCUGUCGUUGGCCGCGCCCAAGGCCUGUACAUGGGGGAGGACCAGGCGGAGCUGGGCUUCCUGCAGACCAUGAACCUCGUGCUCACCUCCGGCCCCUACAACAGCAGCAUGUUGGAGAACUGGAGACACCCCGAUCCAUACCUGGGGAUUGGACCUCAUCGCGCGUGUCCUGAAGACCUGAUGGUGACACGGUGGAGCUGCCGAGCGAAAGCUCCGCAUUUUGUUGCCGACGACGGCGACGCCCGCAGGCGCCGCUCUCUUCCUGAAGACGUCGUUGUGGUGCUCCUCUUCGUGUCAGGGUUCCCGGUGAAAACCCUUGUCCAUGGUGGACUUGGCAGCUGCGUCGCUUCGCGUCGUUUUCCCUCCUGA